AUGGUACAAACUAAUUAUGAUCAUUGGUUGCCUGACCCUUUCAAUGAUAAAAGGCGAACAAUUGCAGAGAAUUUGUUGGAUUAGUUAUAGAACAAUCUAUGGAAUGAAUUUGGAGUUUUAGCUGUUAUGGAAACUUAUCCAAUCCAUAAUGAUGGUACUUUCUAUAUUAUUAUAAUGAAUGCUAAAUAUAAUAGUUUGAUAGCAUUUGGAUAACCUGAUAUUACCUAAACUGAAAAUUGA